GCCAACUGGUAACAAAAGAAGCUUCUUUGCAAGAGAUGAAGUCAGAGUUGGAAAUCUACAAAGAAAAUAAUGCUAGACAGUCCUCUAAAAUUCAGACCCUAAAAGCUCAGGUCAAGGAGCUGGAAGAAAUCGCUACAUCUGUAACCAGUGUAGAGUCACAGUCAGGUGCCUAUAUUUAUACUCUCAAAAGGAAGAACCAAGAGUUAAGUGAAAGAGUCUCAGAAUUAGAAAAACAUCUGAGGAUGCUUCUGGUGAGGAGAGAAAAAGCAGAGCAAAAAGCAGCCAGCUUGGAGAAGAAGUUGGCAGAGGUCACAGACAAGUUAUCCUCUUCCAUGAAUAUAGAUAUCAAAGGACAAGAAGAUCCUUUGGGAUUUUUAGUAAUAAAGUUUCCAACACUCUUGAAGGAACAUUCACUAGAAAAGACAAGAAUUACACUUCUUGAAAAAGCCUUGGCCACUCAAGAAAUGGAGCUUAAAGCUAGUAGGGAAACAAUAGUGAAUCUUGUUUCAGAAAUGAAAAAGGAGCAAAGAACAGCAGCUGGCCACACUGAACAACUGGCAAUACUAAAGAAGGAGAAGGAUGAGGCUGUAUUGACCAAGAAGACCUUUGAAAGGAAUAACACCAUUCUCUUAGAAAGAUUGAAAGACAAGCAAAUAGCUUGGGAUAACUGUUGCCAAGAACUGCUCCAUAAAGAGAAAAAAUUCACUGAGUUAGAUAGAGCUCUGCAUGCCUCCAUGUAUGAGACUAAAACUACACAGACCCUAUAUCAAACCUUCAUCAGUCAACUGGCUACACUCCUGAGCAACACCUUCAUAACUGUGGCUGGGACAGAGGAAGCUAUUAAAGAAAGGAUACAAGAAAUCUGUGGCAGUGAACAUUCUUGGAAAUCUAAAACUGAUGAGCUGCAGCAGAAAAUUCUGUCACUAACCAAUCAGCUAGAGAAGCAACGUGAUCUAUAUCAUGAGGCUCUGAGUAAAUCCUAUAAAGCUGAAGAAGUGCUUCAAAAACAAAAGGGAUCCCUAAAACGCGUGGAAAAAAAGCUUGCUGCAGAAGAUUUGCUCUUAGAGAAAUUUAUCUCCGAAAGGAAGAAACACAUGGAGUUUCUACAAGAGCUGACAGAGAAGCUACAGAUUAAUCAGGUUAGCUCACCAGAAAGUCUGCACUGCCAAUAUGAAAUGCUCUUGAACAAAGCAGAACAGCUCAGUAAACUGGAUAUGGAAUAUCUUCUUGAGAACAAGAACUGCAUCUUUAAUUUGCAGAAGAAGGUAAAUUCUCAAAGGGAAAAAAUCAAAAUGAAGAAUUGGCAGAUAGAACAACUGACAGAGAAGAUCAAACAGUUUGAAAAAGGAAAAGAGCAACAGGUCUGCUUGAAUGCUGGGCAGGAUCCACAGAGCCUGAAAGCCCAGACAGAAACUGAGAAACUUCAAGAACAGCUUAGUGAAAUGAAAAUGUCAAAUCAAACUCUCCAGGCAAAAUUUGUGAGUGUAAAUGAUCUCAAAAACAAAACCAUAGAAGAACUCAGUAAAUCUUUGGAAAAAGUUGAAAAGAUUAAGGAGAAAGCAGCUAGAAAGGUGGUCAGUUUGAAAACAGAACUAGACUACACAGAACAUGAGGCAAGGAAGGAGAAAGAGAGGGCCCAUCAUAUGUUGGAAGCAGUCACUAAUGAGCUCCACAUAGCAAAAAGAGCACUUGAAGAAGUAGCAAGAAGAGAAAAACAGCUUGUUGACUUUAGAGAAGCCAUUACGAAGAUUAUGAGAUUUCCCAUAAAUACAUUGGCUAUAUCAGACAAGGAGAUCAUCAGACAACUAAAGCAACUUAUACAAGCCUAUGACGUUUCUAAAGUUACUUCUAACAGUGAAUCAAAACUUUCAUGUGGUUUUACAGCUGGAUUUGAGAAUCAGUAAUGUGUAUUUUGCUUCUUCUCAACACAACCUAGAUUUUAAUACUGUGUUACAGUGACAUCGUCUUCCCCAAAUCCACUAGUGUUAAUUCAAAACUGAAGGGAUCUAAUGAAGAUGGAGACAGACAUCUGGAUUAUUGGCACACCUCAAUUUGCCUUUUAAAAUAUUUAACUUGAGC